AUGGCACCACCUUGGGUCACUUUUGAUACCACUGAGUCUUUCGGAGGAGAUUGUGGCAAUGGAGCUGAACCUGAUAUCGCUGGCAUUAGUGUUGUCAUCUCUUUUGUCAUUGCGAGCUUCAUGACUACGCUUGCCUCUAUUCUUGCUAUGCUUCUCGACCAAGCUUUCGAUACCAAAGGCCAUUUUACUCUCCGCGCACCACUAAGAUUUCUUCGCGAAAAUUCCUUAGAACGCGAAUGGAAGAAGCAUUAUGCAUGGCGUCCUUUCCCGGACCCGCUCAUCAUAGGCCUGGGUGAUCAGCAGCUCAUCACAGGAUACGCUGUAUUACUCAGCGGAUGGAUAAAGGUAUCUGGGAAGGCCUUCAAAGUCCAAGGCGCCCAUUUUGUCUUAAUCCUAUACAUAUGCGCUCUAUCGUCAUCCUCUCACCUCGCUGCCCUCAUAACACUACGAAAGUAUUUUCAAAGAUACAGAUUCAUUGCAAAGAUCCGACUCAUACUCAUCAUCUGCUUCGCAAUUUUUCUUAUGGCCUCCAUGAUGGCUGCUAUUGCCCUCUCACCAACAAUGGUUGUGACUAGCCACGGCGUCAAGCUAGUCAAAACCCGGGUUCAGCGUUUAUCGUUACUGGUACCUUUUUUUCUCAUAAUCAUUGGCUUCUCAACAGCACUAGUAUGUAUCCUGUACAACCCAGAAGGACUUGAAGUUGAGUCACCACUAUCUUCCUCAGAAAGCUCUUUCCAAGCUCUCGUACGUCGCGUUACGGAUAGGGAGCUAUACACGAAGAACUUCGUGUUCCGAACACUCUUUCCAGCUCGAUUCGGCAUACAGCUCAUGUACUACAUCUUCCUCAACCCAGCCAUCGCGUUUGUAGUCCAGAUAUUGUUGGCCAUCCUUUCCGCAAUCUUAGUUUUGACCCAGAAAUUUGCUGCUCCUGAGGAUUCGGCAAGGUUUUGUGGUUUACACGAUAAUGAAGAAAACACAUGGGGCUUUGGGCAGACGUUGAGUGUGACUAUGCUUCUAUUGCCGGCCAUUGCAGCACUUCAGACAUACUUGGAAGCAAGACAAGAUAUCAGCGAGGGGUUCAGGAUUACAAACGUCUGA